AGGAGAAGGGGCCCUCUUUCUAACCCUACACAAGACAAGUAAGGGCACUCUGGCUUGAUUCUUUUUAAGGAACUUAAGAAGACUGAUUCAUGAUGCAUCACCACACCAAAAAAACCUUUGCCCACAGUGCCCACUCAACUUUUAGGCUGUAACCUCUAAAAGUUAUAUUGCUCAUUGCUAUGAUAAAUAAAGUGACUGAGUGGUUGAUAGAUGUUUUUCUUUCAUAUGGUAAUAAUAAAGCUACUAAAGUUGGUUCUUGGCUGAUAUUAUUGUUAGGUGGGGCAGAUGAUGUAACAGAGUUUUGGUGUAAUCCAGACUUUACAAGAUCUAGACUUAUUCAAUAUGGAACAACAUCAUUUUUGGCAUCAGUGGUCUUUCCUGAUCAUCCUCUUGGUGAGAAGGAGGACAAAAUCCUGAAAAUACUUGAAAGCCAUGUGGGACUUAUUGAUGGAAAUGGAGCAGUUUUAGAAGGAAUCCAUUCUGAGGGACCCAUUAUCACAGAUCUUGGUGCUAUGCCACAAAGUUAUAACGAAAUGACCACUGAUGAGUUUGAGCAGCUCCUUGAUAAGAUGCCUCAUUUGAAAGUCAUGACGAUCAGCCCUCAUGCAGAAGCAUCUCACAAUUACAACAGAAUUAAAUGCCUGCUGAGAAGGGAAGUGGUCCCAGCCCUUGGCCAUGAUAAACAGGCCACUGAGGAGGAAAUUCUCACUGCUUUGUCACUCAGCAAAAGUCAACAGCUUCAUUUGACACAUCUUUUUAAUGUCUGUUCCUUCCAUCACAGAUCUCCAGGUCUUGUUAACUUUGGACUCCUGGAUGAAUUGCCAAACCUUUCUAAGUAUAGAGGAAUAAAAACCCCAACAGUAGAAAUCAUAGGAGAUCUAGCACAUGUAGAUCCUAUGGCUGUUUCAUUAUUGUUAAAAGCCCGCCACUUCAAAAACAUUGCCUUUAUAACAGACUGUGUUCUAGAAGGCAUCCCUGGAAAAACUGUCAAGUAUGGAAGCAAACAAAUUCAGGUUUCUCCCAGUGGCCGUACUCUGUCAAUUGCAGGAACAAAUACCUUGGCUGGAAGUUGUGGCACUCUCCUUGGUGCUUUUCACUCCCUGAUUCACAUAUUUUGAGUUCCUUUGGGAGAUGCUGUAGCAAUGUUAUCUGAAAACCCUGCCAGAAUUGCAAAGAUCUCCCAUACAGGACUCAUAGAAGUGGGAAAAAGAGCUGAUCUAUUAUUGUUUGAUACACAGUUAAACCUCUCAAGAACAAUUGUAUCUGGAAAAGUAGUUUUUCAAACAAACUAGAACUACCUCUCUAUAAAAAUGUGUAUAGAUGGUGGAGACUUCUUAAGAAAUUUGCUCAAUUUGUUUGAACUUAUAUUGGAUUCAAGUAACUUUAUAUUCAUACAAAUUAACAUUUUAAAAUGUAUAAAAGUUAUAAAAAAGACAUUUCAUGAGGUGGAUAGUUAGAUAAAUAAUUAAUAAAAAUAUUCAUAUUCACAGCCUCCUGAGGCUAAAUUACAUGACAUUUUCAAAAAGUAAGUGAUAUAUACUUUUAUUAUACUUGUGGUAGGGGUUAUCAGCUGAAGGCUGAGGGUGAUAACCCUUACAGAGACCUUGCUUAUUCUGGAUAUCACAAAAACUGAAUCUAAUAAUUGUUUUAUUAUACAUUGAAUAAAAAAAAUGGUCACAACA